GUUGAAGUCACGGUUCCCUUCCCGGAACGGUUCCAUUGGGGUCCGUCAAUCUACACAUAAACGCUUUCGUUCAGCGGACCUCCUCGCCGUCUCCUGGCCUGAAAGAAAGACGAAAAGAGAGAGAGAGAAAGCGUCACCACAAUGACGUCCCGAACCGCUGUAAUCGGGAUCUCAGGACCCUCAUCUAGCGGUAAAACGACCCUAGCUCGACUGCUACAGAGAAUAUUUUCUAAAGCGAACGAGAGUCUUUUCACGUUCAUUGUCCAUGAGGAUGACUUUUAUCUCCCCGAUGAUAGAAUUCCAUACACAACGACCGCAUCCGGGAAAACAGUCCAAGACUGGGAUACAAUCGACGCAAUCGAUGUUAAAUUCCUAUCUUCGGCUCUGUCUUACGUCCGUGACCAUGGACAUCUUCCGCCCCGUUUGAAGAGUAUCCAGGAUUUCAAUGAGAAGUCAGACUCGGGUGUUGAUGAGGGGACGAUUCUUCAGUUGCAGAAGGAAGUGGGGGGUCGACUUCGUUCGCUUCUUCGGCAGCAACCAGGUUCCGGAAAUGAAGGCACUGUAGCUCCGGUUCAGAGUACGAUUGCUUUUCUGGAGGGGUUUCUAUUGUACAGCCCUCCCGAAUCUGAGGAUAAAGACCAUGUUCUUCGACCCGUGCAUGAGAACAUUGACGUGCAUCUGUUUUUGCCAGCACCAUAUGAUAUGGUGAAGUCGCGGCGUGAGAGUCGGAGUGGGUAUGUGACGAGUGGGCCUGCACCAGAGCCCACUUCAUUACCACAAAGAAGCUCAGUAUCCGAUGAAGUGGACUUGGAGGGCGAAGAUGAUCGGCCGCCGCAAAACUUCUGGACGGACCCACCAGGCUAUGUGGACGAUAUCGUGUGGCCGCGGUAUGUGCAGGAUCAUGCAUGGUUAAUCCUGCCUGAAGGGGACUCACAGAAGAGUGGCAAUUUGAGCACAAACUCUCAAGAGUUGAUCAACAAAGUGGGACAAGGAGUGAACCUGAGAACAGAUGCUGGUGUCAUUGUAGCUCCUGGACGGGGCACCAAGCCUAUGGUAGAUAUUCUAGAGUGGGCGGUUGAGGAGGUGUUGAAGUACUUGGAGACCACUCAACGGCGAUAGUAACCGAGUUAUCUUGGAAGAACCCAAAUAGAAGAAAGAUGAAUCGUUUCAUGCAUAUAUGGAUUACGAUAUAUGUGAUCCGUAGAGAUACAUGUGUCCCGUUUCAUUUUCAUCACUUCUGUCAUUAUCGAUCCGGAGUGCAACCGAUAACGACUCCCCGAUUGACCGACCUGCUCAUGCCAUGCGAUAAAUGGGCCCUUUCCAACCUAGUAGAUAAUCGAUUUGAUCCCUCAAGGAAAACUUUUUACCUGACUCCACGACUGGUGCGGGUGCG